AUGAAUAUAGACAAGGCCCUCUGCGAUCUUUGUGCAAGUGUGAGUUUCAUGUCCUCAUUAAUAUUCCAAAAGCUAAAUGUUGGAGAGCUUAGACAAACAAUAAUUUCAUUACAAUUGGCAAACAGAUCUAUUAAGUACCCAGGUGGUAUCUUGGAGAACAUCCCUAUCAAAGUAGGGAAGUUGUUUAUUUUGAUUGAUUUUGUUAUCUUGGAGAUGAAAGAAAAUGUUCAAGUUUCUAUCAUAUUGAGAAGGCCUUUCUUGGUAACUACUGAAGCCAUCAUAAAUGUUAAAAAUGGGAAGUUGACUCUCAAAAUAGGAGAGGAGAAAGUAGAGUUCAACCAAUUUAGAGUAAAGAAAUAUAAACUAGAUCCUGAUGAAUGCCUAAGGGUUGACAUUAUAGAUAAGUUAGUUGAAGAGGAAUUCCACAAGAGAUAUCCUGUAAAUCCUCUUGAAGCAUGCAUAAUGCACAGCCACACAGUAGAUGAUGAUAACAAAUAA